AUGGAUGUGGACGUGGCCUACGACCAAUCCCGGCUCAGCCCUCUCCUACAGCUGCCACUCGAGCUCCUGCUGCGAAUCAGCUACCACCUCACGACGGUCGAGCUCGGCCAGCUGCGCCUGACGUGCGGGCACAUUGAGAAGUCGCUCUUUCCUAGCUUCGCGCGGGAGUUCUUCCGGCUCAAGCAGUUCAACCUGACAGAGUUCAGCCUGACCGCGCUCGUCGCCAUCUCCCGCAGCCGGCUAGCGCCUCACCUCCGCUAUCUUCACAUUGGCCUUGAGAGCAUCUCGCACGCGCGCAGGUUCCACGGGAGCCGCUCACAGGCAGCCAAUUACCGCCACGACCGUCUGCACACGGAGCACUGGAUCCUAUCAACGACCGGCCAGGAUGUCGUCCUGCUCGCUGAGGCGUUGCGCGGGCUGCCGAACCUCGAGGACGUGGUGGUGCGAGACGCCAACUCGUCUCGGCGCUCGCGUGACGGGCUAGGCGCCACGUGGAAAAGCUACGGCGAUACCACAUUUACGCAACAGACGGAGUCGCCGCUGGUGAACGGGGCGGCCGCUAGCUACGACGAGUUUGCCAGCUGGAAAGUCUUUGUCAAGACGUUGCAGGCGCUCGCGGCGGCUGACUCCAGGGUUUCGGGCAUCGAGCUGCUACUGCGGCGCCACGGGGUGCCCUGGACCGGCACAUUUUACGUGCCGGACUACCUCAAACCUACGAUGCUGCCAGUGCUGGCGCGUCUGCGCAAACUGCAUCUUGUUAUUGGCGAUGACUACCACGACCCGUGGGCCCCUACCGCCUUCAAGGGAUACACUACGAGUUUCGACCUACGCAGGUUCCUGUCGUACGUCCCGAACCUGCGCGAUUUUCGUUUUAACGGGUACCGCAGCGAGCCGCCCGUCUUUACAAUGUUCCUGGAGUGGCUUGCUACGGAGGAGGGCGAACCCCUGCCCUUGGCCGACGCGAACAACACAGACGCCGAGGAACGCGCAAUCAUGGAGGCCAGUCCGCCUGCCGUCGGGUUCCCAUUCCUGACACGGCUCAGUCUCGGCAGGAUUCUUAUAGAUCCGGGGAUGCUUGAGCGGCUAUUACGCAAAUUUGCCCCGACCCUCGAGGACCUAGCUCUCUGGGAGGUGACAUUGGCCGCUGAGCAAAAGCAGGAAUUGCAAGUGUGGCGGAGCCUCUGGUCCAGGCUGGCCGCGCCCGAGUCAAAACUCGACCUUCACCGGCUCAAGGUCGGCCGGCAAAAGUUUUCGCAUCGCACCACAACGGAGGUACUCCCGUCGGCUCGUUUCAGGAACGGCCGGGGUGAGGUGCAGUACACGGGGCCAGACUGGCGCUCGUUUGCGCGCGAGCAGCUCGAGACAGCGGUGAUUGAGCGCUACGAGCCGCCACCUGUGGUAGGCUUACAGCAGCAGGGCGCAGACAACAGCGAGGACGACGACGAUGGAGAGGACGACGACGGCGAGGGCGAGGACGACGAAAUUGACGACGAUGAAGAGGACUAA